AUGCCGAAAAAGGGAAGAUCCGUGGCCACAGACCCAAGCUCUUUCACGCACAGAGAUCUCUUGCUUGUGACCCAACUUCUCCAUACGCUGGGACUAAUCACACUUGAACAAGUACAAGCCAGCGACAGACUUGACGAUUUGGCCGAAGACUGGUAUGUGCAUAAAAGCACGCUUUUGUCGCGGCGCCAGGGCCAGUUUCCCCUCGAAAAUCCUCCCACGGGUCAACAGCUUCGUAAACUAUACGAGAACAUGCUUGAAGACAACGAGCCGUGUGCCACAACGACAGACUUGGCAAACAAAUUUUAUUUCAUAAGGGUGGGCGAGCUUGAGUCACGGAUUUCCGAAUACAAGACGGAGUUCCACUCACUCUUGGAGAACUAG